CUAAAUUGAGCAUGCGCAUAAGUAUUUAAGUUUACAGGACGAAUUUUCACUGAUAAAGCAAAAUGAGUCGAUACAGAUCAUAUUCAAGAUCUCCAUCGAGAUCUCGUUCCAGAAGUCCAAGAAGAGACUCCAGUAGAUCAAGUCGCUCAUACCGAGGAGGAGGUAGUUCACGUCGAGACGAUGACAAUUGUAGCAGAGUGCAUGUUGGUGAUCUUGGUAUUGAUUGUUCAAGGAGGGAAAUUGAAAAAGCUUUUGCGAAAUAUGGAAAGCUUUAUGAAGUAUGGGUGGCUAGAAACCCGCCCUGUUUUGCAUUUGUUGUAUUUAAGCGUUCAUCAGAUGCUGAAGAAGCAGUCCAUGAUAUGGAUGGAAGAAUGUUGUGUGGUGGUCGGGUCAGAGUAAGCUUGGCACGUCCACGUACCCAAGGACGUGGUCGAAGAGGUUAUGAUCCUAAUUUGAGGUGUUAUCAGUGUGGUGAACGUGGUCACUUCUCCAGAGAUUGUCGUUAUUACUCUCGAAGUUACAAGCGAUACGACUCUCGUUCCCGUUCUCGUUCUCGUUCUAGACCUCCUCGUAAUAGUAGAAGCAGGAGUCGCAGUCCAAGUCGCAAAAGGAGGUACACAGAGUCCAGAUCACGAUCUCGGUCCUUUACUCCCAAGAAAGAGGAUUCCCGUAGGAGCAAGCGAAGAAGUGAUUCAGGAUCACCAAGAAGAGAUACCAGCCCUUCUCGAAGGUUGGCUGAAAUAGAAAAGUCUGGUGUUAUAAUAGAUUCAGCCUGAUCAUAAUCAUCUAAUAUCAAACGCAGGUCUAUAAAUCACCAAGAUCACGUGCAUCACAUACAUCUUUGGUUGAAGAAACGUAUGGAUAAUCUUACUAUAGCCUGAUAUUUUUUUCUAUCUCUCAAUUGGAGAGAGUUUAUUGGUUGGAGGGUAUGCGCUAAUAUGGGAUAGUUGGUCAUAUAUACUCCUGACUGAUUGAUGGAUAAUAAACAAGACCAUAGUGUACAUUGAUAACUUAUCAUUUUGCAACAGGUGCCAAAAUAAACUGAUAAGUAAAACCAUUCCAGUAACGUUGCCAUUGUCUUCACGACUUUGCCUCCAACCAUUGGAAAUUAACUUAAGUACACUCAUUUGCAUAUCAAAAGUCACACUUUUAUUUGAUGGGGGGGGGGGGGUUAUUUUGAAAUGAAAUUGUAUGCUUGUGAUAAAAUAAUACUUUACCAUUUUUACAUUUCAUGCAAUUAUUCUUUCAGAUUGGCCCUGUUCUGAUUGAAAGUCCUGAAUUUAACUCUGCUGGUGAUGUUUCUAGAACACUGCAGCACAGCAAAAGAGAUAGUGGUUCCCUAGAUCAGUUUAUUUUGGCACCCACUAUAUCGCCUCAAUUGUCAUGUAGUUCAGUUUUCUCUCAACUUGCAUUGUUAGAUGUAGCUUAGCAAUGUUUCAUUUACACUUUUAGAAACAGGCGCAUGUGUAAGCCAAUAUACACAGUCAUCUAAUGACAAAAAGAAAUAAAAUAAUCAAUGAAUCUAUAAUUAUUGGAAUUUCAUGAUAUCAAACGUUGACAAUACUGUAUCUGUCCUACCAAUUUGUAUGUGAAAUUUAUAUCAUAGUAGUCCAGCAAACAAGGAACACAAAAUUGGAGAAUAUCCUCAUGGAAAUGUGAUGCAGAUGCAGUCUGAAUUUUUUUUAUUCUACGAUGGAAUCACAAUUUUGUUUUCGUUAAUUUUUAUUAGUUAAUUUUUGAAUAUUUUGUUUAAGUGGAAGAUACAUAAAAGAUAGAAUGUUAGAUCAUAGUUAGUGUAAACUAGUGGCUGUACUGCUGUCUUUUUGAAAAUAACUAGAUUCUUACCUUUAUUUAAAGUUGUAUUUACUUUGUAGUCAGCAAUGUUAAAUUACCUUUUAUGUUAGUAAUUUUUACUGUGAUUAAGUUAAACUUAACCAGUAUGCGACUUUUCAGCAUCAACAAAGUGGCCAUUAACAGACUUUUUGAUGUUAAACUUAAUACGUGUAUGUCUUGGCUGCAACCAAGUGAAAUAAAUGUUUUUUUUCCCCC